AUGGCUGACAUUGUUACAGAACAACAGAUUCAAAUUCAGCGCCUUGAGCAGGCUCUUCAUAUUACACAAUGGUGCAAUUGGUUGCUCUUGUGUCUUCCUCAGAACCAAGGCCCCUCGUGGUUAGCAGAAUUCAAAGGAAUAUGGUUCCAGUCCAGUGACCAUCUAGUAGAUGCAACUUUGCCUGCUACUGAAGUCAAAUAA